CUUCUGUCUGUCUCCUUUGCCUACUUCCUCUUCUUGCAUCUUCCUCCUUGUGAUCCUUCUUCUCAUUUAGUUUCUUGGCUCGACCACUGCUCACCCUACACCGUCAAACCUCCAUCCGCAAACAAAACACCCUUCAUCAUGGCUAACGACGAGUAUGAUUUUCUCUUCAAAGUGGUGCUGAUCGGAGACUCGGGCGUCGGAAAGUCCAACCUGUUGAGUCGUUUCACUCGCAAUGAGUUCAACUUGGACUCCAAGUCUACCAUCGGUGUCGAGUUCGCCACCCGCUCCAUCCAGGUCGACUCCAAGACGAUCAAGGCGCAGAUCUGGGAUACCGCCGGUCAGGAGCGUUAUCGCGCCAUCACCUCCGCCUACUACCGUGGUGCCGUCGGGGCCCUCCUUGUCUACGACAUCAGCAAGCACCAGACCUACGACAACGUCAACCGGUGGUUGAAGGAACUCCGCGACCAUGCCGACUCCAACAUCGUCAUCAUGCUGGUCGGAAACAAGAGCGAUUUGAGACAUCUGCGCGCCGUGCCCACGGAGGAGGCCAAGCAGUUUGCCAGCGAGAACAACCUCUCUUUCAUCGAGACCUCCGCUCUCGACGCCAGCAACGUGGAGCUGGCCUUCCAAAACAUCCUCACAGAAAUCUACCGUAUCGUUUCCAGCAAGGCUCUCGAGGGCGGGGAACAGAUCAACGUGGGUAACCGUGAAAAGAUAUCGAUCGAGAACACCCAGGAUUCGGAAGCCAAGCCGGGCUGCUGCUAGAGCGUUGGCCAUGUACCCGCGACGAGUUUAUUUUUCUUUUUUGAUGUGAUAAUCGAAUGGUCUUUGAACUUUCAGUUUGUCAUUUGCUUAGCCUCCACGGAGAUGAUACACAAGAGGGGACAUUGUUUUCGGUCAUGGACCGUUGUAUGACGCACCACACUAGCUUCUUUUUCCCUUGUUCUUUUUCUUUCUGACCUUUGUUUUCUAUCCUCUUACGUCUUUUCUACCUUCUUAUUUUUUUCUCUCCCCCAUGACUUGUUUGAAAUUGAUAUUAUCUUGAUUAACGGAUUCAUGUCUGCUGGUCUUCCUGACCUUAUCUGGUUCCGGCUAGUCUACAGGGAUUCGGUUACCGGCGUUGUUGAAGAAGUACAUACAUUACAUACAUUGAUUGGUCU